CAAAGCUAAACUAAAAAGCAUGUAUUAUGCCUUUAAUAUAAGUAUGCACAACCUAUACAUGCUCCUCUUUGGCACAAUUGCACUCACAACAGGGUAUAUCAGCUUAUAUGGCCUAUGAUUAGAAUCAGAAAAGCAAAUUGCAAUAGAAAUCCUCUUUCCCCACUCAUGCUGACUUUGCAAGGAGAGAGCAAGUUGCUUGCACCGGGACAACCCUAGUUACUUUGUUGUAGUAAUUUGCAAAUCCAAAAAUUAUAUAUUAGAUGAAAUAUUCAAUUUAAUAAAGAUCCUAUAAACAGUUUUAACUUUCCUAAUGAAAAAUUUAUACUCAUAUUCAGAAUGCAUUUUAAGUUUUGGCCAAAACUUCAGUGGUAUCACUAUAUUUCUGGAUUCCAUCUGUGCUAGUUUGGUUGGCCAACGUUACCUGAUAUUGUUGCUUGUGGGAGGUGAUAGAUAUCCGUGGAUUUAAUCACAUAUGCAAAAGCUGAUCCAGACACUAGGAUAUGUCUGGGCAACUUCAUCGUACGAUGAAAACCUUUGCAAGUUCUAUUAUACGAGGGCCGAAAUGUACCUUACUUGACAAAAAUAAAAAAUUGAAUGAGUUGUCAAAACUGGGUCAAACUGAUGAAGCUCUAAAGGUGUUUGAUAAAAUGCCUGAGAGAGACGAGUUUACAUGGACUACGAUGAUUACCGCGUGUGCCAAUGAAGGGAGGCUUAUUGAAGCAAGGCAAGUGUUUGAGGAGGUGACAAACAAGAGUGCAAUCACUUGGUCUUCUCUUAUUUGUGGAUACUGUAAGCAUGGUUUUGAAAUUGAAGGAUUUGAAUUAUUUUGGCAAAUGCAAAGUGAGGGGCAUAGGCCUAGUCAGUUUACAUUGGGAAGUGUUUUGAGAAUGUGCGCGAUGAAAGGUUUGCUUUGGAGAGGUGAACAGAUACAUGGAUAUGCUAUUAAGACUUGUUUUGAUAUGAAUGUUUUCGUAAUGACUGGUCUUAUUGAUAUGUAUUCGAAGUGCAAGAGAAUCUUGGAAGCUGAGUUUAUUUUCGAGGUUAUGUCUUAUGGGAAAAAUCAUGUUACUUGGACUGCUAUGAUUAAUGGUUAUUCUCAGAAUGGUGAUGCAUUAAGAGCGAUUCAGUGUUUUAGCAGCAUGCGUGCAGAAGGGAUUGAGGCGAACCAGUAUACAUUUCCAGGUGUUUUGAGUUCCUGUGCUGCACUCGUUGAUCUUAGAUUCGGUGUACAGGUGCAUGGUUGUAUUGUAAAUGGUGGUUUUGAGGCUAACGUGUUUGUUCAAAGCUCAUUAAUCGAUAUGUAUUCUAAAUGUGGAGAUUUGUGCAGUGCUAAGCAGGCGUUGGUACUGAUGGAGGUAGAUCAUGCCGUUUCUUGGAAUUCCAUGAUACUGGGGUGUGUGAGGCAUGGAUUUCCGGAGGAGGCGCUGUCGCUGUUCAAAAAGAUGUAUGCUAGUGAUAUGGAAGUGGAUGAGUUUACUUACCCUUCGGUUCUGAAUUCUCUUGCUUUUAUGCAGGAUGUGAAAAAUGGGAAAUGUCUUCAUUGCUUGGUUGUUAAAGCUGGAUAUGAGAGCUACAAGCUUGUAAGUAAUGCACUUGUUGAUAUGUAUGCUAAACAGGGUGACCUAGCUUGUGCAUUUAGUGUUUUCAACAGCAUGGUUGAAAAGGAUGUAAUCUCAUGGACAUCACUCGUCUCUGGCUGUGCUCACAAUGGCUCAUAUGAAGAAGCUCUGAAAUUAUUUUGUGAGAUGAGAAUGGCUGAAAUUAAACCAGACCAAAUUAUCAUUGCUAGUGUUCUAAGUUCUUGCUCAGAGUUGGCACUACUUGAACUUGGGCAGCAAGUUCAUGCGGAUUUUAUUAAAUCUGGCCUUGAGGCAUCAUUAUCAGUUGAUAAUUCUCUUGUGACAAUGUAUUCCAAUUGUGGUUGCCUUGAAGAUGCCAAAAAAGUAUUCAACUCUAUGCAAAUGCAUAAUGUGAUCAGUUGGACUGCUCUUAUAGUGGCUUAUGCCCAGAAUGGCAAAGGAAAGGAGUCUCUGAGAUUUUAUGACGAGAUGAUUGCAAGUGGAAUAGAACCUGACUUCAUUACAUUUAUUGGUCUACUGUUUGCCUGCAGCCAUACAGGUCUUGUUGAUGAUGGAAAGAAGUACUUCGCUUCAAUGAAGAAAGAUUAUGGGAUAAGACCAAGCCCUGAUCAUUACGCAUGUAUGAUUGAUCUUUUGGGCCGUGCGGGGAAAAUACAGGAGGCUGAGAAGUUGGUCAAUGAAAUGGAUAUUGAACCAGAUGCUACUGUGUGGAAAGCGUUGCUUGCUGCAUGUAGAAUACAUGGAAACACAGAUCUAGCAGAGAAAGCUUCAACAGCCCUGUUUAAGCUGGAACCACAAGAUGCUGUCCCUUAUGUUAUGCUGUCAAAUAUCUACUCCGCUGCUGGAAAAUGGGAAAAUGCAGCAAAACUUAGAAGAAAAAUGAAUUUGAAGGGUUUAAACAAAGAGCCUGGUUAUAGUUGGAUUGAGAUAAAUGGAGUUGUGCACACGUUUAUAUCUGAGGAAAGAAGUCAUUCAAAGAGUGAUGAAAUUUACUCAAAACUUGAUGAUGUUAUUGCAUUGAUAAAGGAAGCUGGAUAUGUGCCAGACUUGAAUUUUUCUCUCCAUGAUAUCAAUGAAGAAGGAAGGGAACAAAGUCUUUUUUAUCACAGUGAGAAGUUGGCUAUUGCUUUUGGGCUUCUUUGUGUGCCAAAAGGAGUACCAAUUCGGAUUUACAAGAACCUUCGUGUAUGUGGUGACUGCCAUAAUGCAAUGAAAUUCGUGUCAAGAGUUUUUGAUCGAUAUAUUAUUUUGCGAGAUUCAAACUGUUUUCAUCAUUUUAAGGAAGGAGUAUGUUCUUGUGGGGAUUAUUGGUAGAAAACAUUCCUUUGACUUUUCUUGGCCUGUUGUUACGUUUGCUUUUGGCAAGAUCAGAACAUUCAAUUUCAUUGAUUGGGUCAGCAGCUCAUUACAAGGUAUACAGUUCACGCCUGUAUAUUUACGACUAGCUAGCAGUGAAGCUCAUUUUUUGGAGAAUGGCAACUAAAUGUUAUGCAUAUCAAUGUGAAUGAUAAGAAUUAUUGAAAUUGAUUGCUCUCUGAGACUUAUACGAGAGCCGAUUCCGUAGUCCUUAUUUUGCAGCACUCUACCAAGGAAGGCACCAAUUGCCACUCCCCGGCAUCAGGGAAGGUAACUGUUCCGAGAAAUAUUUUUGACUCCAUGAAGACAGGUCUGGUAUCCUCGAGGAAGCUUUCAUUCUACAUGAUCAUGUGAUGAGUUUUCCUACACAGAAAUUUGUAGCUUUCCGACCACCGAUCCUCUGUUUCUCUAUUUGCGAGCAUAUGGUGAAAGGGGUAAUAAUUCAUAAACCCGCGUUCAUUGCCUGCCUUUGGUUGUCCGGGGGACCGCAGUCCCUGUCUUUAUUUUGAACAUUUUGGCAACAGCAUAAUAUUUCAUAAAACCUAGUGCAUAGCCUGCCUUUGGUUGUAUGGACCAGAAGAAAAGCACAUGUUAUUGAACAAAGUAUGUUCAUCAUUCCCAAGUCCUCCAUGACAUCAUAGCCCUUUCCAUUGAAGUCAAUGAGCCUAUCCUAUUAUGGGUGCAAGCAGGGUACAAUAACUACACACAUUUCUUGGAACCAUCCCAUAUGGAAUGGAUGAAUACUAGACGAAGGAGAACUGAUCAUGAUCUCGAUGGAGGCAGAAAUUACUGAUUGGUAGCAGUUUCAGGAUCUCCGAUGAGAUUGUGGGACAGGUUUGAAAGGCACAUUCUAUUUUGUUUGAUCCUGUAUACUCAACCGCAAAAAUUUAAGUUAAAUAAAAAAGAGCCUAUAGAUAGAUUAGGUAGUAUUAUCAUAAUGUCGUUGUUGCGAUGGUUAUAUCUCUGAUGGGGUAUUCUCAUUUUAAUAAUCAAACAAGUGUCUUGCAAGUACAUAAAACAUCUGGACCACAUGCCCUAGUACCUUAUGCAGAUGUCAAUUAAGUAAACAGUCCUAUCUUGAUUGUCCUUAAAUGUUGAAUAGGGAUGUAAUCUCCCUGGUUCAAAUUUGUUGUGAUCACAGGACCACAAAGCUGUACUUAUUUAGGUGAUGAUUUUUAUAUGAGAGAUUGUUGUUUAAGUUA